CGGAUGGAACAGGAGGAGCGGGAGGAAGAGGAAGUUGAGGGACAAAGGCGGAUCGAGGCUGAGCUGACGGAACCGCGCUCCAGCCCUGCGUGAAUUCGCAGCCCCCACCUGUGGCAUCAUCGCCCCCCCCAUCGCGCAGAGCAGGAGCUGAGCAUGGAGAGCAGGGAGGACAAAUGCCCGCGGCAGAACCUGGUGGAAGAGGCCGUUUUGAGCGGCUCCACGGCGCAGGAAGCCAACGGGGAGGAAAAGGCCCGGAGAUGCCGCACGAGGAGGGGCUGCAAACGCAGCUGGCGGGGAUGUGAGGGGGAAAGAGCCAGCCUGGGCCGGGAAGGCGGCCGGAGAUGGAGGCAGAGCUCGGAGCUGGUGCUCCAUGAGCAGCUCCAUGAUGGGGAGAAGCCCCACACGUGCGGAGAGUGUGGGAAGAGCUUCAGCUGGAGCUCCAGCCUGAUCCUGCACCAGGUGAUCCACACAGGGGAACGGCCCUACGAGUGUGGGGAGUGUGGGAUGAGCUUCAGACGGCGCUCUCACCUGAUCAGGCACCAGGUGAUCCACACCGGGGAGAAGCCCUACGAGUGUGCGGAGUGUGGGAAGAGCUUCAGCAGGAGUUCCGGCCUCAUCGAGCACCAGAGGACCCACACUGGAGAGAGGCCGUACGAGUGUGGGGAGUGUGGGAAGAGCUUCAGCCACAAUUCUGCCCUGAUCGUGCACCUAAAGAUCCACACAGGGGAGAGGCCCUACGAGUGUUCUGAGUGCGGGAAGGGGUUUAAGACCAGCUCCUAUCUCCUCCUGCACUAUCGGAUUCACACGGGGGAGAGGCCCUUCCGAUGCCCUGAGUGCGGGAAGGGAUUCAGGGACAACUCCACCCUGAUCCAGCACCAACGCAUCCACAGCACGGAGAGACCCCAUGAGUGUGAGGAGUGUGGGAAGAGCUUCAGACGGCGCUCUCACCUGAUCAGCCACCAGAUGAUCCACACUGGGGACAGGCCCUACGAGUGUUCUGAGUGUGGGAAGAGCUUCAGCCGCAGCUCCAGCCUGAUCCAGCACCGAACAUCCACACUAGGAGAACCCUACAAGUGUGGGCAGUGCGGGAAGAGCUUCAGCCACCAUUCCACCCUGGUCAGGCACCACAUGAUUCACACUGGGGAGAGGCCCUACGAGUGUUCCGAGUGUGGGAAGGGCUUUACAAGCAGCUCCCAUCUAUUCCUGCACUAUCGGAUUCACACAGAGGAGAGGCCCUUCCAAUGCCCCGACUGUGGGAAGGGAUUCAUGCAGAACUCCCACCUCACCAUCCACCAGCGCAUCCACACUGGGGAGAGGCCCUACCAGUGUCCCCAGUGUGGGAAGAGCUUCUCCAGCAGCUCUCACUUGAGCCAACACCAACGGAGGCACCACUAAGGGAAGCCCUGCGAGUGCCCCGG